UCUUCAGCCCCCAAGCAGCCAUGCUCAACCAAGCAUUUUUAGAAGAUCAAGAGUUCUUACCAUUUCCUACACCUACAAACAUGAUCUCUCACCUUCCCUUAGAUUCCAAUCAAACCCUAAAAACUCUAUCACCCCUUUCCCACCACUCCAAACCACAACUAGAUCUUGGAGCCUCUCAUCUGCUUCCUAAUUUACAAACUUCAAACUGGGCAUGGGGGGAAGUGAGUGAGAUAAUAAGCAACAAGAUAUUAGGGAGGAGUAGGGAUGAUCAUCUAGGGGUUUCUGGGAUGAAGAUGAAGAAAUUCAAAUCAAGAAGGAAAGUGAGGGAGCCAAGGUUUUGCUUCAAGACCAUGAGUGAUAUUGAUGUCUUGGAUGAUGGUUACAAAUGGAGAAAAUAUGGCCAAAAAGUCGUCAAGAACACACAACACCCCAGGAGUUACUAUCGAUGCACACAAGACAGUUGUCGUGUGAAGAAACGAGUCGAGAGAUUGGCAGAGGAUCCAAGAAUGGUGAUUACAACUUAUGAAGGGAGACAUGCUCAUUCGCCGUCACUAAAUGAGGAGGAUUCAGAAGCUAACUCUUCAAAGCUCUGCAAUUUCUUCUGGCUCUAGACUAUCUUAGUGCAAUCUUGAUAGCAAGAUAUAAAUAAUGGUUACUGCUCAGAGUUGUUGCGUUCGUAUAUGAUGUCCUUUUUUUUUAUUGGACAAAUGUAAAUGAAUGCUUGUUUUACAGAAAACCAAUGUUUUUUUUUUCUACCAGAUGAUAUGAAU